AUGGCCUCGAUUCCAGCACACGAGACCUGGUUCUUCGUGGACCUCUCCGUGGUGACCACCGACUGGAUCCUCCUGGCGUCGAACAACAUGGAAGACAUGGAGGUUCUGCAGGUAUUGAGGCGUUUGUGCCAAAGCGCCGGGUCCCCUCGAUUGGCAGCGUCAGUGGAAAUGGUGCGGCCUGACGUGAUGUUGCCAUGCAGCGGGCAUGGGCAGACGAUUCGGAAGGAAGAAGAUUACCUCGACGAGCAGAGCACCGGCUACUCCGACUCGCCGCCAUCAAGCAUCAGCUUCGAUGAGGAGCUUGAGGAGGAAGUGGUGGAGGAGGAGGCUGUGAAGGCUGUGAACUCCAAGAUGGCCAGCCCGAGCCUGACCAAGGAACAGGCCGUCGAGGUGCAGAUGGAGUUGAUGGCCCAAUACGGUGCGCCGACCUUUCAGAACCAGCUCCAUGCACUUGGGCGCACACACGAGCCCGGCAGCAGCAAAUUUCGGUCGGGGCUCUGCAAGAUGGUGCGUCGUGUCCAGCUGGACGUCAUUCCGAGGUACGGCUUCAGCGCAUCUGAUGAAGGAGUCGAAAGCAUGCUUGUCCUCUUCCGAUCGCUGGCGAAGGAUCCCGACAUUGAGGUCAAUGGUGUGGUCAUCAAUGACAUGCUGCAGAUGAAAGUUGCGCCCAUGGAGACGAACCACAACAACAGGAUCAUCGAGAAACCUUUGUCCAAGCAUCGAAUCCUAGACAUGCUGCGUUGCCAACUCGUCGAGUUCAGCCAAGUCAAGUUCCAGACGGACGUGGAGGAGCUGAAGAAGUGUGCCGACUACAACUCCGGCCGCGUUUUCAACUUAGCCAAGCCACUGGAGCGAGCCUUUGAAGACCCGGAGGGUUAUUUCCAUCUCGAAGGCCGGGCAGACCUGGCUCUCAGGGUUCAAAAACUCCUGCUGCCUCGGUAUGGGUUCGAACCCUCCAAGGAAGGCGUGCAGGACAUGAUCCGUCACUGUGCUCCUUUCGUGCAGGACCCUGAGGUGGCGAAUCUCCUAGACCGCGUGAACGAGAAGCUGGGCAUGUCGGCCGCAGCCUGCCAACGAUUCCGGAAACACAUCGCGCACCUGAAAUGA